UUUCAGAUAAAAUACCUCUAAAAGUCAUGUAAGUGGGCAGCGUGUGUGACCUGACCAAGAUGCCUGCGGAAAAGGAAAGAAACAUGACAGUGCACUGGACACAUAUUGUUGGACGAAGUAACUGGCCAUGUGAUUAUGCAGACAUCCCAGCAUGAAGCUGAUGGACCUAUUCCUAGCUCGCUCUCUCUCCACAUAUUUUUUGCUGCAGAGUUUUGUGCUCUUGAUACUGUGCUUUCACUCCACCAGCAUGUGUCCUAAGGGGUGCCUCUGUUCUCACAUCAGCAGCUUAAAUGUAAGCUGCAGCAACGCAAACCUGAAAGAGAUUCCCAAGGACCUGCCCCCAGACACUGCCUUACUUUACUUGGACUCCAAUCAAAUCAGGUCUGUUCCCAAUGAAAUCUUCAAAGACCUGUAUCAGCUCAAAGUACUUAAUUUGUCCAAAAAUGUUAUUGAAUCCAUAGAGGAGCAGGCGUUCAAAGGGGUGUCGGAUACCUUGCAGACUCUUGAUCUUACGAACAACAAAAUUCGAAGCGUGCACAAAGACACUUUCAGUAAGCUCAAAGGCCGAGCCCAGAUUUCUGACAAUCCGUGGCAUUGUGACUGCACCCUCCAGCAGGUACUGCACGACAUGCCCUCCAAACAUGAAACAGCCGGCAACAUCAUCUGUGAGACUGCCGUACUGGAGCAACACACUGGCAAGUCCUUCCUCAAUGCUGCCAAUGAAGCUGACCUCUGUAACCUGUCGAAAAAGACAACCGAUGUGGCAAUGCUGGUCACGAUGUUUGGCUGGUUCACCAUGGUGAUAUCUUAUGUGGUGUACUAUGUGCGACAGAACCAGGAGGAUGCAAGAAGGCAUCUUGAAUAUUUAAAAUCACUCCCAAGCAAGCAAAAGCAGCCAGAGGAAUUAGAUGACAUUAGUACUGUGCUAUAAUGAGGUGGGAAAUGCUUUCAUAAAAAGGGUUUGAAAUUGAGCUUAUUCUGUGGAUAUUUAAAUUAUCCCCACUCAGCAGAAAAGUAGACAAGUCCAACACUUUAAUCAGUAGCAAUUAUGGCCAUGGGUUCCCUCGGUAUGAAGCAAAUGAGGGUGUUAGAAGCUUCAAAAAAAUCUAGUGAAUGAUAUUCAUGUAUCACAUGGCAUUCCUUAGUCUCAAAUUUUUAACGGAAGUAAAUUAAAACCUGUACUGACUUGAUGAAGGGAAAGACAUGCAAAGGCGAUAAGCAUCCAGUUGCUACAGUAACCACUCCCUGACAAUAAUCAGUUGAUGGUGGAAGAAUGUGCCAGGUCAUUUUUAGAACUCAUUGAUGCAUCACUGUGGACACAGUCUACCUGAGAGUUUAAUUUGAAUGAUAACAUUGCAAGGGUGUUUGCAAGUGACUGACAGAGGCAGUAAAGGUUUCUUGCUUCUCUGCUCACAUGUUUCGGGUUCUGCAGGUAGACAUGCUUGCAUCCCACCUGAGGUCUCACGGGAGCGUUUCUGCAUUUUCUGGCAACUCAGCUCGUCUCGGACUAGGUCAGCAGAACUCGUCCACUGUACCAGUUCCCGUCACAGCUGGGACAGCAUGCUGCUCUCUGCUGGUUGUGCAAUGCGAUCAGCCAAAGGCUGGGUGGGCAAGGGUUAGACCGAGCUGAGAAAACAAAGAUCAAAGAAAGGGAAAGAUCACUGAGAAGGAGAAGACUAGGAAAGCUAUUUGUGGGAAACAUUUCCACCAAGCUGUCGAGUAAAAACAAACAGGAGGGAGGGACAGGAAUAGAUCUGGAACUCCACUUGCAGGAUAUCUGUAACAAGCUGAAUCCUGUGGGUCAGUGGGCACAGCUAGCAAAGGUGAGGAUCCUAACCUUUGCAUAAUUGUCAAACUAAAAGUAGCACUAGGAUCAGAAUAAACUUUUGAUCACUGAUUAUCGUCACAAUAAGAAUAAUUUCUGAUUGUGUCAGUCUCAUCUUCUGCAUUAAUUCAUGUAAAGGACAAAAUUACACCUUAAAUGUUUGGUUCAUCCAGAAUAAAGUUUGAAUGUAUAGCCAAGAUCCACAAAAUAAUGUAAAAUAGCUUCCGGAAUAGAUAUUGUACCAUUUUGGAUGAAUUGUACCCAGUUUUAAUUGGCCUGUGUCAAUGGACCGUCCCACCCUAUGAGAAUAUAAACUCGAGCUGGUGUGAAGAAAUAGCACACUCAGUAUCAAAAUUGAUACUGCACCUGUGCCUGCUGGUCUGCUGAGAGGCAGGCAGUUAAAUUCCUUACUGAUUUUAUUAUGUGGUAUUAUGGCAAAAUGAGGGCGGGUCUAUUGUAUCAACAAAAGGAGCUGGGUUUCUCUAUCACUUGCCUCCUGCAGCUCAUUAGUCCUUAGAUACAAAGUGAAAAUAGGUUUCAUUCUCUAGAGAUCUGUUUGUUGGAGUGCUGAGACCUGAAUAUAUGGAAUUUUUGAGCGGGAAUAUAACAUUCAGCCCCUUAAAACUGAAUAGAACUGUCUCUCAAAAUCUGAGACAAAUGGAACGAUGGAUGCUGGAAUCUUGGGCACAACGCAUAGCGCUGGAGUAACUCAGUCGGGUAUCAUCUGUGGAGGGAAUAGACGGACGAUAUUUUGGGUUGUCAAAAAUUUACUUUACUCCAAUAUUACAUCCUGGCAUAGCAAACGUCUAGUUAUCUCAUUUUCAGACUUUUAUUGACCCAGUAUCAACACAUUUUAGAGAAAAAUCCCAAUUUCAAUUUCCCUUAAUGUGAAAUAACCAAAUGGUUUUGUUUGACAUUUAAGAUGAUGCCAAGAUACUUUUAGUGCAUAUUCUAAUUUGAUGGUGUUAUCAUCAAUGGAUGUGGAGAAUGUAAGUUUAAGCAUCGCUCCCAUGCAAAGGUACUCUGCCAGUGCUCAUUCUCACAAUCAAAAUAGACACGCGAGUACAGCGCGACACUCAGCACGUGAGGCGACACUCAGCACGUGAGGCUGUAUCCUGUCAAUUGGUCACCAUCUGGUGUGAAAAAGAAAAUGCUAUUCUACCAAAUCAAUGGCAGCAUAUGGGACAGUUGUAACAAAGGAGCAGUGCGCUUGUUUUACGAAGGAGCUAAUGAGAUGGAAAUGGGGGUGCUGAGCUGAGUUGAAACAGCACCAACAGAUAGCUCUCCUGACCCAGUAACGCUGACCAUUUUGGAUCUUAAGAUCAAGCACAAUCUAGUACCGAAUGAUCCUGAUCUCCUUUUUAAGUGCCUGAAAUCUGUUUUGCCUGUUUGUGCUAAAUCUUGGAUAAUUUCUGCAAGAAAAUACAUUUUGUUAUCUUUCAUCUGAUGUCUGUAGCAAAUGCAUUGUAUAUUGUAACAUUAAUAUUUUGUCCAGCUACCUUAUUUGUCAUACUUGUAUUGAGUCUUAGAAUAAAAUAAAUGCCGGAUAAUUAAGCUGU